CGUUUCAAUUUCACUCCUUUGGAGAGCUGUUGAUUUUCUUUGCUCUCCUCGGAACCCCCAUCCUCUCUCUCUCUCUCUGAAGGUCUGAUCUCGUCUGGCUAUUCCACCUGCGGGUGGUGGUUCUGUUACGAUCUCGGUACAAGAAUUGCUUCUGACUGAUUACUUCCUUAGUUUGGAUGCUCUUGGGGGGAUUUGGAGGGGAUGGUGAUGUUUAGAACCAAUCCUUCGGAGGAUGGCAGUCGUCAAGAGCGCCUCGCCGGGUGGGACAUUCAUGGGUUUCAUACUAUGGAAGAUUUGGAUAUUGAGAAGAUAAAAGCGGAAACAUCAUCCCGGUGGCUUAGACCAAAUGAAAUUCAUGCGAUAUUGUCGAACUAUGCAAAGUUUACCGUCUCUGUCAAGCCUGUUGAUUUGCCACCAAGUGGCACCCUGGUUUUGUUUGAUCGUAAAAUGCUUAGGAACUUUCGGAAGGAUGGCCAUGUUUGGAAGAAAAAAAAUGAUGGCAAGACAGUCAAGGAAGCUCAUGAACACCUUAAAGUUGGUGAUCAGGAAAGGAUACAUGUCUAUUAUGCACAUGGUCAAGAGAAGCCUAAUUUUGUCCGCAGAUGUUACUGGCUGCUUGAUAAACAUCUUGAGCGCAUAGUCCUUGUUCAUUACCGUGAAGUUCUAGAGGAUGAUGCACAAAAAAAAGAAAGCAAGGAACCUAUGCCCCUUUCUAGUCAAUCAUGCAUCCUGCCUGGCUCUCCACUUGUUCCAACAAGUGUUGGUUCUUGUUCUGGCAACUCAGUCAAAUAUGGUUCUCCACAAGAUUCCACAGUUCUAACAGAUUCUUAUGUUUGUUCAGCUUCUCCAAUCAGUGGUGCCAGAGCGAAUCAGAUAAAUGAAACCAUGUGCAUUGGCAAUCAAGAAUUUGCAAUUAACGAUGCUGGCUUUGAUUUGGAUGAUCUUUUUGAAUCACAAAUAUUCAGUACUCCUGUGAGAGAAGAAGCUUUACCUGGAGAUACUACUUUGGGGACCUAUGAAGACAAUGUUAUGUAUGAAGGAGUAGCUUCAGGUGUUACUGGAGUUAAUGCCUCUCAACCAGAACCUCAUGGAACAUUCUUUACUCACCCAAUCGAUAGGUUCACUGGAAGAGAUGGAGAUGAAAUUGUAAAAGAAGAGAAAGAUGCAGCCCGGUCAUACAUUUAUCAUAAUAGUCCCUUACUUGGAGCCACUGACAUGCCUCUAGUGAAUGCUUUCCAAUCUCAGGAAAGCUUUGGAAAGUGGAUGGACUCUGUCCUGAUGGAUCCUUCGUCUGAACCUCUGGUUAAGGAACAACUACAGAUUCCAGCUUCAUCUGGUGGAGAAAUCAAUUCUCAUCUAGUAGAUCGACCACAGCAGGAUAGAAUUUUCUCAGUGACUGAAGUUUUGCCUUUACGUGGUUUGGCAACUGAAUGGACAAAGGUAUUGGUGACCGGUUGUUUUCACAAAUCCUACAGUCAUCUUGUGGAAUCUAGAAUCCUUUGUGUUUUUGGUGAUACAUCUGUUCCUGCUGAGAUGGUUCAAGCUGGAGUGGUUCGAUGUAUGGCUCCACCACAGUUGUCUGGCAUAUACAGUUUUUAUUUAAGCUUUGAUGGUCGUGUUCCUAUUAGCCAAAUUAUGUCUUUUGAGUACUAUCCUGCUCCCAGCCAUUCAGCUAAUAAUGGAAUUUCUGCACCAAAAUUUGAUGAAUCUAAAUGGAAUGAUUUUGAAGUGAAAAGAAGGCUUGCUCAUUUACUCUUCUCAACAAGUAGUGGUGUUUCUAUCUUCACAAGCAAAGUGUCUCCAAAGACAUUAAAUGAUGCCAAAAGAUUUGCACAAUCAACAUUGUUGCAUGAGAAAGACUGGAUGUCUUUGGAAAAUUCGAUGGAGCUCAAUGAAGCAUCAUUUUUGAAAGCUAAUGUUAGUUUACUGGAUCUGACUUUGAAAACCAAGUUGCAAGAGUGGCUUCUGGAGAAGCUUAUUGAAGGACGUGGUGCAAUUGUUCGUGAUCAUCAGGGUCAAGGAGUUAUUCAUUUGUGUGCUGUUCUAGAUUAUAGAUGGGCCAUUCACUUGAUUACCGAGGCAGGGAUAUCUAUUGAUUUUAGAGAUGCUUCUGGGUGGACAGCACUUCACUGGGCUGCAAAUUUUGGGAGAAAUGAAAUGGUCGCUGUUCUAUUGCGUCAGGGUGGAGAUCCAAGUUUGGUUUCUGAUCCAACUCCUGAGUAUCCUGGUGGAUGCACGCCUGCUGACUUAGCUUAUAAAAAUGGUUAUAGUGGUUUGGCAGCUUAUCUUGCUGAGAAAGGAUUGACAGAACAUUUCCGGAAAAUGACUGUUGCAGGCAAUGUACGGGGUAACUUACAACAUAGUAAUUCAAUUGAGUCACCUGGUGUGGGAAAUCUUACAGAAGAAGACUUGUGUUUGAAAGAUUCAUUAGCUGCAAUGCGCACUGCUGCUGAUGCAGCAUCCCGGAUACAAGAAGCAUUUAGACAGCGUUCACUGAAACAACGUACCAAAUUAGCUCAAGAGACAAACCCUGAGGCUGAGGCCAUCCGUAUAGUUGCUGCUUUGAAGAUUCAACAUGCUUUUCAGAGGCACCAACGAAAAAAACAGAUUGAGGCUGUUGUUAGAAUACAGCAUAAAUUUCGAGUGUGGAAGGCUCGUAAAGAUUUUCUCAAUAUGCGCCGGCAAGCUAUCAAAAUUCAAGCUGCCUUCCGUGGCCACCAAGUGAGGAAGCAAUAUCGUAAAAUUCUUUGGUCGGUUGGAGUGCUAGAGAAGGUUAUCCUACGUUGGCGUUUAAAAAGAAAAGGCUUGCGUGGCCAUCACAUGAACCCCAACAAUUCUGCAGAUGGAAAAACUGAAGAAAAUGAUGCUGAAGAGGACUUCUUCAGGAUUAGUCGAAAGCAGGCUGAAGAACGUGUGGAGAGAGCUGUCACACGUGUUCAAUCUAUGUUUCGGUCACACCAAGCACGUGUAGAGUAUAGGAAGAUGAAGCAGCUCUAUGAACAGACGGAGUCAGGUGAACCCAUUGACCAAGAUUGACAUGAAUGAGUCGCAGGAUAGCAGACCUUCGGUGAAAUUCACCUUUGUACAUUUACUGAAAUAGCUAGAUUUUUAAUAUGACCUUUGUAAAUGUGUGUUGUCUUUGACUCACAGUGAACUCGCAGAGUUGCGAUGUUUGUAAUGCUCUAUGCACUUGAUUGGCCUACAGUUCAUGGUGUUUGAAAGGCUAAAAGAAUAAGUCAGCAGUCUCUUUGUGUGUUUCAGAUUUGUCUUUGACAGUGUUGGGGUUUUGCUGAUAUUUGUAUCCUGACAAUCAAUUUUGCAUAUAAACAACAAUAGAAGUGCUAAUCAGUUCUCUCUCUCU